AUAAAAAAGGAAAAAAAAGUGACGUAAAUCCAAGAUGGCUUCUCCCCUGUCCACGAUGAAAUUUUGGAAGCCGGGGUCGGAGGCUCCGGGGAUCUCAGAGGAGCGGGAUCUGAACACGGAGACCACCGGAUCACCGGUCAUCUUCAACCCGCACACAGCGCUCUCCAUAGAGAAGCAACGGCAGAAACUCCCCGUUUUCAAGCACAGAAACAACAUCUUAUACUUGGUGGAGAGCUUCCAGACUGUCAUCAUCGUUGGUGAGACGGGAUGUGGGAAGACAACACAGUUACCUCAGUACCUGCUGGAGGCGGGCUGGGCGACAGAGGGGAAGGUUAUUGGAGUGACACAGCCUCGACGUGUGGCCGCUAUCUCCGUAGCUAACCGUGUAGCGGAGGAGCGGGGGGCCCUGGUGGGACACGAGGUGGGCUACACCAUCCGGUUUGACGACUGCUCCGAUCCCCACGCCACGAGGAUCAAGUUCCUCACAGAUGGCAUGCUGGUGCGGGAGAUGAUGGCCGAUCCUCUUUUGAAGAAAUACAGUGUGUUGAUGCUGGAUGAAGCACACGAGAGAACCCUGUAUACAGACAUAGCCAUUGGUCUACUAAAGAAGAUUCAGAAAAAGCGGCGAGACCUGAGGCUGAUUGUGGCCUCCGCCACUCUGGAUGCCAAGAAAUUCCACGACUUCUUCAACCUGAACGAGUCCGGGGAUCCCAACAAGGACACGUGUGGGAUUCUGACGGUGGAGGGACGCACCUUUCCAGUGGACGUCUUCUACACUGUCAGUCCCGUCCCAGACUACGUGAAGGCCACAGUGGAGACGGUGCUGAAGAUCCACGAGACGGAGGAGGACGGAGAUGUGUUGGCUUUUCUCACCGGGCAGGAAGAAGUGGAGAAAGUGGUUUCCCUUCUGCAGGAGCAGGCCAGGUCUCUGUCACGUUACGGCAUGAAGAAACACCUGAGAAUCCUGCCCAUGUACUCCGGUCUACCAUUCGCCGAGCAGAUGAAGGUGUUUGAGAGGACGCCCUCAGCCGUUCGCAAGGUUGUGGUGGCCACUAACAUAGCUGAGACCUCCAUCACUAUAAACGGAGUUGUAUUCGUCAUCGACUGUGCAUUUGUGAAGCUGCGAGCGUACAACCCGCGCACUGCCAUCGAGUCGCUGGUGGUCACGCCUAUCUCCAAGGCUUCAGCCAGCCAGAGGGCCGGGAGAGCCGGACGAAACCGGCCUGGGAAAUGCUUCAGACUUUACACAGGUGUGUGUGUGUGUGUGUGUGUGUGUCUCUGUGAGUUUUGUAGAAGUGUUGUAGAAUAUCGAAGGAUUUGUGCAUUGUUAGCAUUUGUGGCAAAGUGUCUGUUUUUAUGCCUCCGCGACAGUCAUGCCCAGAGGCGUUAUGUUGUUGGGUUGUCUGUCUGUCCGUCCUGUCCGUUCUUGUGAAUGUGAUAUCCUCCAAACACCUUAAAGGCGUGUCUUCAAAUGUACCUGGACUAAGAGAUGAAUCUGGCGGCAAUCUCCAGGUC